AGUUGUAUCCCAGAGUGGAAAUCAAGUGGUGGUCGUGGUGUUAAAUCGUUGCUGUAAUUGUAUGUGGUUGUUCCUGUUGGAGUUAUUGUUGGUUAAAUGGAAAAGAGCCCAAACAAAUUCUGCCGCUGGCAUUAAUUCUUAUAAAAAUUAUGAAAAAACAAAUAAUUUACAUAAUUUAAAAUUUUAGUUGUAUUGUUGUAAAUAAAUUGUAAUGGAGAAUUAAAUACAUGAGAGAAUACGGACUCACUGUAUGAAAAAAUAAAGUACGAAAAUUGAAGUGAACAAACAUGUAGAGAAAGUAAUAUGCCACAGCGUUUCCAUUGCAACAAAGGGCCAACAUAACAACAACAACAGAAACAGUCGAAUAAAAUUUUCGAAAAGUUCUAUCUCAUUUUAUUCAACAUUCCAAACAUUUGUUUAUACAUUUCUACAAACACUGGCAUUUGUUGCAAAAGUUGAACCAGUUCCCUCCCACUCAUUGUUUUCAUUCGUUCGUUUGUUAUUUUUCGGUAUUUGUUUUUAGUUUUUGGUGGCACGUAGUUUGUAACUUAAGCUUUAUUUCAACUAAAAUUUAAUUAAUGCUGUUGCAAUGAGUGCGGAAAUUUCGAAAGAUGCCUCUGGAAAUUCCUCAUCCACAGCCGUUUCAAAUCGUAAUCAGGCACCACCCCCACCACCAACAGCUGCCGGUCGUCCACCGACAUCAUUACUUUUUUCGCGUGGAAAUUUAGUGAGUAGCCGCUUGGGAGGCGAUAAAACAGCACUAGCACGUCCCUCAACAGCUGUACGUGCCGUGGGUUACGCUGCCAAUAAUAGCGGUUCCGCUGGCCAGCGUUUUGAUCAAUUUUUUGUGGAAAAGGCCAGACAACAAACAUUAUCCUCAGCUAAUGCGGCCAUUGUUGCCACCAAAGAAGUGAGUCCUCAGAUAAAGUAUAAAAAUCUUGAAGCAAAAAUUGUAAAAUUAUUGGAAUCAUCAAUUGUCAUAGCGGCUAAAGCUACCAAUUCACAAAAACUGGGAAUAUCUUCUACAGAUGGUAGUCGUGAGGAGAGUUCAUCGACCGAUCAUAAAGCAACAUUGGCUGAGGCGCUUAAUAAAGCGAAAGAGGCAUUUUCUUUAGACCGCACUUUACAUCGCUUUCGCGAUCAGCAUGGUGAAAACAUAUUUCAUAAUUUCGAUUUGACGUAUGCUGUUUUCUUUAAUCUGGCCGAACAAUAUGAACGGAAUGACAUGCACAUUGAGGCCCUCAACACAUACAGCAUCAUGACAAAGAACAAAAUGUUUCCACAUGUGAAUCAGCUAAAACUGAACAUGGGAAACAUUUACUAUCGCAUGGGCAUUUAUCCAAAGGCGAUAAAAAUGUACCGCAUGGCAUUGGAUUCGGUGCCCAACAAUUUAAAACAAUUACGCCUUAAAAUCACCCAAAACAUUGGCAUACUUUUUGUGCGCAUGGGCCAGUAUGCUGAUGCGGCAGCCAGCUUUGAAUUUAUCAUGUCGGAACGUGCGGAUAUACGCAGCGGAAUCCACUUGAUAUUGUGCUAUUAUGCCAUGGGUGAUGUGGAUAAAAUAAAGAGCACUUUUAGAAAUUUAUGUGAUGUUCUGCCGAUGGAGGCUGAAAAGAAUUUGGACAACGAAAACAGUAUACUUAAGCUGCAACAACAUGUGGUUAGUGAACAACAGCAUCACACACAAACACAUCCUCAACGUCAGUUACAGCAUCAGGAUGAAUUCGAGCACUCACCCACAGCUGAAAUUGAAGUAAUCAAUAGUGGCAAUGGAAGUAGCAUUGGAAGUGUUGGUGGUGCCGCUGGUAAUAGUUUUGAUCUUACUGAAAAUAAAAAUAUUGGAUCUGAAAAUGUUGCCGUUGCCGGUGUUGAUGGAGUCGGUAAUGGUGGUGCUUUGAGCGCACCAAAUGAACAACGUCCCAAGACUGGUACACGGCCUGUAGACCGUAAUAGCUACAUUUUGCAGUCGUUAAAGUCCGACGAGCUGGCAAUUUAUUUCAAACAACGUAAAAAUAGUGAAAAGCGCACCAUUACAAUGAUUGUUGAUUUAAUUUCACCCAUAAUUGAGGAGAACUAUAAUGAUGGAUACAACUGGUGCAUCGAGGUCAUUAAAACGUCCACUCUGUCAUGGCUUGCUAGCGAAUUGGAAUUGAAUAAAGCUCUAGUAUAUUUACGUCAGAACGAUGUCAAUCAGGCAAUUGAAACACUGCAAAUGUAUGACCGCAAAUCUGAAGGAUCCAUGACAGCCAGUGCUUUGACCAAUUUAACAUUUAUUUAUAUUAAUCUGGGUAAUUUAGAAAUGGCCAGUCACUGUGUUCAACAAAUGAAUGAAAUUGGAGCUUUACAAACCAAUGCGAUGGCGUUGGUUAAUGCCAGCAUUAUCGAUUAUCAAAAGCAAAAUUACACAGCUGCACGUAAUAAAUUGGAGAGAGCUUUACAAAUACAACCAGAUAAUUUUGAAGCUAAUUAUAAUUUGGGUUUAGUUGCUAUGGCGGAAAACGAUUACGCAUUAGCCGAGGAACAGUUCGAGAAUUUAAAGACCCAAUUGAUGGUACCGCACUCUGUGCAGCACAGUCAUGUAUACUAUCAAUUGGCCAAAUUGCAGGAGAAAAUAAAUACUACCACCAUUGGUGGAGGUAACUUUAAAUUGGCAAAUACCUCAACUGCACUACAAUCAUAUUUGCAAGUACUGGGUAUAUCAGCUGGAGAAAUUGAUUCGCAUCUGUUUGAAAAAGUUGGUUCGAUUUAUGAACAAUUAAAUGAUCACCAAGAAGCUAAUCAAUACUAUAAUGAGGCUUAUCGUAUAAAUCCCAGUGAUAUUAAUAUUGCCAGUUCUAUCGGUUCAUAUUACAUCAAACUGCAGGCUAUAGAAAAAGCUUUGUACUAUUACGAAAGAGCUGUUUUGGCCGAUCCCCAGGAUCCAAAUCUAAUGUUGCGUAUUGCCAGCUGUUUCCGCAAUUCAUAUUUACCACCCAAGCAAUAUUUGGGCAUGUUUGAAAAAAUCUACAACAUGUUUCCAGAUAAUUUGAAUUGCGUUAGAGCUUUAGUGCAGGUUACAAAAAGUUUAGGCAUGUCCGAAUUGAAUGAGAAAUAUUCCUUGGAAUAUGCUAGACUACACAAAGCUCAGAUGGAGCGAGACAAUGAACAACGCUAUCAGCAACAACGAUUGUCAUCUGCAGCAUCGGGAAGAAUGGGUAGUAGCCGUCUAAGAGCUUAUCGUAAUCAAAAUGAAAACAGUUUUACGGGCAGAUUGCCAGAAUCUUCUGCCGAUAGUGUGGUAUCAAAUGCCAUUACAGCUAAUUUUAAUGGCGAUCAUUAUGUUCGUUCUACCGAUACGGCUUUUUCAGCUCAUCACACAGAUCCUCUGGGACCACCAGCUGAACGUCCCCGUACUGGUAUGGUUAAACAUGAUCUCAGCCAGGACUCAGAUGAUGAGGAAAUAAAUGCUGAAAGUUUGUUACCCAUUUAAUUUAGUUUAAUGUUGGUUGUUGUUUAUUUUAUUUAAUACACUUUAAUUUAUAUCACUUAAGACAAUUAAAGACCUACUAAAUGAUUAAUUAAUUGAAUACACACACAAUAAAUAUCAAAGACAACAU